CAGUUAUGACCCUUAAACAGCGCUCCUUAAAAACAAAAUGCUAUCAUUUCUGCUGAUAUUUUCGUCGAGGACUGAUAUUGUGACGAGACUUGAUAACUUCAGAAAAUAAUAAGUUAAUUUAAGAUUUGAAAAUAUUUUAAUUGUGAAAAGACAUUUUGUGUAUUGUAUGGUAGAAAAUGGAUGUUUCUAGAUUCAAAUUCACGCAAAGAGCUGCUGGCAGAUUUUUUGAAAACAGCGACUCGGACUUCGACGUAAGCCUGAAUGAGAACAAAAACACAAAACGAAAAACAGAGACGGAUAUGCGUAUUUUCUCAUCAUACUUGGUGUCUAUCAACGAAUCUAGGGAACCGGAAGCUAUUCCAGCAGACGAACUUGAUCGUCACUUAGCAACUUAUUUUUCCGUUAUCAAAAAGCACGAUGGAAAUGAGUACGAACCGGCAAGCCUCCGGGGUAUGUUGUGCAGUAUUGAACGUCACCUGAGGUCUAAAAACUAUCCAAUAUCACUGACGAGAGACUACGAAUUUACAAGUACAAGGAACAUGUUAAAGGAAAGACAGAAGUUGCUAAGAGAAUUAUCAAAGACAGACAAAGGCACAAAGUCCAACAUAAUUGCCUUAAGCACAGCACAGAGAUUAAAUCAACUAUAUCUUGCGAAAGAAUUUGGUCCACACAAUCCUUCAGCAGUUAUCAACGCACUUUGUUUUGCAUUUGUUGUACAUCUAAAAAUUCGGAAAGCAAUAGAUCACAAGCAAUUACUUUGGGGAGACAUUGUUCUAAAAAUAUCGCCUUCAAACGAAGAAUAUCUGUGCUACGAACCUCUCUCUGGAUACGAAUACUGUCGUCUGCCACUGAAAGGCAUUUCCGGUUACAGGGUUCUCGGGCAAAGCCCAGAAACGUCCCUUUGGGACCCAAUAUCUAUAUACAAGCUUUAUCGGUUGAAAAGACCCACUAAUAUGAUGACACCUGAGAGUCCUUUUUAUCUUGGGAUAGCGACACAAAUUCAUGACUCGCAACAACAUCAGUCUUGGUUCAAACCUAUAGCAAUGGGCGUAAACAAGUUAAACGAUCUUGUUAGGAUGAUCAGAGAUAUAACAGGAACGCUAUGUCAAAGUCCUUCCUACCAGUAUGACGUGUAUGUAGCAACAGAUAGAGCACGAGAUGCGUCGGAAGCAGACGACGACAUGCGCAGUUCUCAUGAAAGUGAAAGUUCCGCUUCUCUAAAUAAAGCUCAGAAUUCAGCAGACGACAACGAAAUGACGCUUCAAGACAGCGAUGACAAGAUUUUAGAAUGCGACCGAAGUGUGCGAGCCCGAAGUGAUGAAGUAAAAUGUAAAACAAGCAUUGACGGCGAUGAAAACGAUAAUGAUGGGCCACUGAUUGACACAGAAGUUCUAGAGGAUGCAAAGAAGAAAAUUCAAUCCGUUUUAGAUGACCUGGUACCAAAGACGAGGUCUGAAAUCAUGAAGUGGUUAAAAAAUAUCGUUUACUCGUCAGGGCACGGAGGCAGUGAGUGUCGGCAGAAAGAUUCGAGAAAACGUAUCCUACUGACAUUUGAACUGGAUAAUGCAGAGCUAGAGAAAUGCGGCACUGUUGAAAAGAAGGCCAAACUUGAGGUCAGUGCUGGAUUUGAAGAAGACAACAAGAAACAUGAAAAGGAACAGCUGAUAACUAGCCGCUCGCCAGACGAAGACUCUGCAGAUGUACAAGUAUUAUAUAAAUCAUCCGAAAAAGAGACAGCCCAGUCAUCUUUGUUAGACCAAUCCGACCGCUUACAUAGGUUACGCCAGACAUUCUUUAAGCGCGCUCUUUCAUAUCCAAAUGACCUCAAAGACGCCAAAAUACCAAAAAUACAAGAAAAGUCACAGUUCGAUGAUUCUUGCACUCUUCAACAUGACUCGAAAGAUUAUGUUGAAGCGGCUGCGGCAGAACGGCAGACAAACGUCACAACCACUUCCGUGAAUACUGCUGACACAAGCACGCCAGAAUAUAACUCAGAUACAAGCAGUCCCGACCAUUCUAGUAAAAUAAAUCACCCAGACACAAUACAUCAUGUACAAGGUUACAAUCCAUACACCGCCUGGGCACUCGAUCCGAGAUUUGCAAUGUUUAUGAGGAAUGGCUUCAUGCAGACAUACCAGGACUUUGUCAGCUUGUACAGUCACCAGGAGCAUAAAGAUGCUUGACAAACAGUUUUAAUUUGGCUUCACAUUACCACUCAUUAAUAAAUCUAAUUAACUUAACAAAUUGUUUUAAAAAAGAAGAAAAGAACUGUCAACAGACUGGUACAAUGUAUAUUAAAUUUGUUUUUGGAAUGUUCGGUUCCGCACAAUAGGUUUGGAUUCAGGACUACAUCGACCAAAUACUAGAUAUUGUAUCAGUCACAUGUACGGUCAGCUUUCCAGCGCCAAGGAAUAGCGAGGACGUAACAAACCCUUUAUACAUGUAUAAUAUUGUUUCCGCUUAAAACCACUGACCUCCAGAUGGUAAAAAAAAUGAAAAAAGAAUUUCAAGUAAACGGUAAAUACUGAUCUAGUUAGGUUUAUUGUAUAAAUCCAUCAUUACUGACACCUUAAAUCAAGAAAGAAUGUUGACAAAAGCGUUAAUAUAUCGGGGUUUUCUUUUCCAUAAUCUACUACGUUACUAACGCAGUAGCCAAUAUCAAACACAAGUUUGCUUCUUUAAAAAGAAGCAUGCGAGAGGUCUUUUUACAGCUGUUGAAGAUUUGUUAGAUUGUUCAAAUGACAGGAAAGUAAGAACUUCUAAUAAGUCGAAUGGAAUCUGCGAACCAAAGCAACAUAUCGGCUAUUUCCGUCAGUCUAUAAUCGGCGAGGUGUUCAGAAAAAUUUCCAUACACGGUUCAUUAGGUCAUAAAAUAGUGCUUGGCUAUUUUGUUACGAAAUUACUCUGUUUUAACAGAAAUCGGUCUAAAACACGUUUUCAUCAUCUUGUAUAGAUUAAGUCCAAGUGAAAGCAUGAUUAUAAAAUCAAUUAAAAUAAAAUUAUGCAUCACAAUUAUAUACUAGCAACAGUCUAAGGUAAAUUUAACACUUAAACUACAACAACUCAACUCGACAACAACCACUCUUCAACUCCAAUAAACUCAAAGAACCC